AUGAAGUUCUCCUUUGCCUUCGUCAUACUGGGCCUUGGGGGUACCGCACUGUCUCACCCAGCCGCCGAGCUCGAGGCCCGUCAGGACAGCGGCUCCUACACCAUCUCUGGGCUCGGAGCACGCAAGCAGCAGAUCACCGCAGCCGGUGCCGACUCAUUUGACCUUGCUAUUGCCAUGCUAGAGACCGAACGCAUGACGGCCGACUACGCAUAUGGCGACAACAAGCAGCAAGACAGCGCCAACUUCGGCAUCUUCAAGCAAAACUGGGGCCUGCUGCGCGAGUGCUGCUCGCGCUUCAGGGGCCAGCCGCAGAGCAACUGGAACAACGGUGCUGUUCUGAAGUAUGUCGAUGACCCUGCUCCCUGUUCAUCUAUAACCUGCUGCCUGAGGGCUCACCAAUGGGAUAGCUCUAAUCUCAAUGCCGAUGUCCAAUGCCUGAACGAGUGCCAGAGCUACUAUGGCUUGGACAAGUGGGUGGCUGGACACCGAAAUGGUGCUACUGGUCUUGCGAACCCCAACACCCAGGACAUACAGAACUACCGCAACGGUGUCAACUACAUCCAGAGCCAACUGACAACCCAGCCCAAUGGCCUUACAAAUGAUGUUCGCUACUGGAUCUACGUCGUGCCAAUCUAG